AUGGAUCUCCCUGAUCAAACCCAUACAGACAUAUUGGAGCCUUGGAUUAUUGGAAAUCGGCAAAUCAAUCGUGAUCAUGACAGACGAGAGGUGUUUCUGACACCAACAUCCACCCUGACAACAAAUGCUCAACAGCAUCAGGAUGAACCCCAGGUCAAUCGCGUUCCUCAUUCCAUCUCAGGUGGCCAAUGGAUUCAUCCGUUGGCUAGUGCGGCUGGUCAAGUAUCCAAUGCUCUGACCUCCAUCAAGAAAUUGGCGGAACUGACUGGAAAGAAAGAUUUUGCACCAUGGGACACAUCUGUUCUUGGCGCUAUAUCACAGCUCAGACUUAUUGGACAUAUUCGUUCUGAUGGCGAUGCUAUGCAUGACCUCGAAAAUGUGGAUUUUUGUACCCAGCCUAUUGUUGCCCUGCCGAUCCCUACAGAUCUCUCGAGUGUGGAACAGAUUGAAGAAUGGGGUCAUUACAGUGCAAACAACAAUUCCAUUCUUCAAAUCCUUUUAUCCAGGAUGUCGGAUUCUGUUUUUACAAGCCUACCUGGAGCUGAUCAAUAUGGAGUAUGUUGUACGGCCAAGGACCUUUACGCUGCAGUCAAACGUCAAUAUAGUCUUGGAAAUACGACUGUCAUCAAAGCUUCGAAGGUUACCCUCGAGAACUACAAUACUCAGACCAUGGUCCUCACUCGAGCUUGUCCUACUAUUGACUGGCAUGACAUUAUCCAUCAUCUCGGAAAAGGAUUGCCUGAUACAUCCGCCAUCUUGUCCAUUAAGGAUCACCUCCUUCAUGGUUACAACGACACUAUCUGUUUGAGAUCCACCUUUGACUCUGUCUAUGAAAUGGUAUCGAACUGCAUUGUGACCUGGUCUUCCACUCAUCAAAAGUCCUCACUGACUGGGGGUGCGAAUAGGGGUGAGAAGAAUAAUAAUGAUUCACGAAAGCGGUGGGAGAAGUCACAACGACAAAGAUGUGCUACUCCAGGAUGGAACUGGUGGGGUGAAGUAGGAAAACGAUGUCCACAUGAUGGGAAGAAAGUGGAGGCGGUAAUGGGCGAAGAAUACCACUCAAAAGUCAACCUAAUAUCAGAGCUACGGAAGUAG